AUGAGUGUCCCCGGUAUGCCGAUGAUGGGUGGCCUCGGCGGUGCUGGCAACCAGACCGCCGGAAUGAAUGAGCAGGAAGCAGCCAUGGUGAAGAUGAUGCAAGCUGGUAUGGAGUCGUGUCCAGUGAAGACAGUCAUCUCCGGUACAAUGGGAUUCGGUCUCGGAGGUGCCUUCGGUCUCUUCAUGGCCAGUAUGUCCUACGACUCUCCCCUCACCCCCCAAGGUCGCGCGAUCUCCGACCUCCCGUGGCGCGAGCAAGUCCGUCGCGGAUUCAAGGAUAUGGGUUCCCGCUCUUGGUCCUCUGCUAAGAACUUCGGUAUCGUCGGCGCGCUUUACUCCGGCACCGAAUGCUGUAUUGAGGGUCUCCGCGCGAAGAACGACUUGACCAACAGCGUCGCGGCGGGCUGUAUCACCGGUGGCAUCCUCGGUGCCAAGGCCGGUCCGCAGGCAGCUGCCUUUGGUUGCGCUGGUUUUGCGGCGUUCAGUGCUGCUAUCGAUGCUUACAUGAGAAUGCCCGAGUCGGAUUAA